AUGGUUACUGACGGUCUUGUCCGAUAUCCCCCUCAAACCAGGGAUGCGUCCUGCAGUCUCCCAAGAGUAUCCGACGACCAACAAGAGUGUCUGACGACCAACAAGAGAGUCCGACGACCAACAAGAGAGUCCGACGACCAACAAGAGUGUCCGACGACCAACAAGAGUGUCCGACGACCAACAAGAGAGUCCGACGACCAACAAGAGUGUCCGACGACCAACAAGAGAGUCCGACGACCAACAAGAGUGUCCGACGACCAACAAGAGAGUCCGACGACCAACAAGAGAGUCCGACGACCAACAAGAGAGUCCGACGACCAACAAGUGUGUCCGACGACCAACAAGAGAGUCCGACGACCAACAAGAGUGUCCGACGACCAACAAGAGAGUCCGACGACCAACAGACCAACAAGAGAGUCCGACGACCAACAAGAGUGUCCGACGACCAACAAGAGUGUCCGACGACCAACAAGAGUGUCCGACGACCAACAAGAGUGUCCGACGACCAACAAGUGUGUCCGACGACCAACAAGAGAGUCCGACGACCAACAAGUGUGUCCGACGACCAACAAGAGAGUCCGACGACCAACAAGAGUGUCCGACGACCAACAAGAGUGUCCGACGACCAACAAGAGUGUCCGACGACCAACAAGAGUGUCCGACGACCAACAAGAGAGUCCGACGACAAACAAGAGUGUCCGACGACCAACAAGAGAGUCCGACGACCAGCAAGAGUGUCCGACGACCAGCAAGAGUGUCCGACGACCAGCAAGAGUGUCCGACGACCAACAAGAGAGUCCGACGACCAACAAGAGUGUCCGACGACCAACAAGUGUGUCCGACGACCAACAAGAGAGUCCGACGACCAACAAGUGUGUCCGACGACCAACAAGAGAGUCCGACGACCAACAAGAGUGUCCGACGACCAACAAGAGUGUCCGACGACCAACAAGAGUGUCCGACGACCAACAAGAGUGUCCGACGACCAACAAGAGAGUCCGACGACAAACAAGAGUGUCCGACGACCAACAAGAGAGUCCGACGACCAGCAAGAGUGUCCGACGACCAACAAGAGUGUCCGACGACCAGCAAGAGUGUCCGACGACCAACAAGAGUGUCCGACGACCAACAAGAGUGUCCGACGACCAACAAGAGAGUCCGACGACCAACAAGAGUGUCCGACGACCAACAAGAGAGUCCGACGACCAACAAGAGUGUCCGACGACCAACAAGAGAGUCCGACGACCAACAAGAGAGUCCGACGACCAACAAGAGAGUCCGACGACCAACAAGUGUGUCCGACGACCAACAAGAGAGUCCGACGACCAACAAGAGUGUCCGACGACCAACAAGAGAGUCCGACGACCAACAGACCAACAAGAGAGUCCGACGACCAACAAGAGUGUCCGACGACCAACAAGAGUGUCCGACGACCAACAAGAGUGUCCGACGACCAACAAGAGUGUCCGACGACCAACAAGUGUGUCCGACGACCAACAAGAGAGUCCGACGACCAACAAGUGUGUCCGACGACCAACAAGAGAGUCCGACGACCAACAAGAGUGUCCGACGACCAACAAGAGUGUCCGACGACCAACAAGAGUGUCCGACGACCAACAAGAGUGUCCGACGACCAACAAGAGAGUCCGACGACAAACAAGAGUGUCCGACGACCAACAAGAGAGUCCGACGACCAGCAAGAGUGUCCGACGACCAGCAAGAGUGUCCGACGACCAGCAAGAGUGUCCGACGACCAACAAGAGAGUCCGACGACCAACAAGAGUGUCCGACGACCAACAAGUGUGUCCGACGACCAACAAGAGAGUCCGACGACCAACAAGUGUGUCCGACGACCAACAAGAGAGUCCGACGACCAACAAGAGUGUCCGACGACCAACAAGAGUGUCCGACGACCAACAAGAGUGUCCGACGACCAACAAGAGUGUCCGACGACCAACAAGAGAGUCCGACGACAAACAAGAGUGUCCGACGACCAACAAGAGAGUCCGACGACCAGCAAGAGUGUCCGACGACCAACAAGAGUGUCCGACGACCAGCAAGAGUGUCCGACGACCAACAAGAGAGUCCGACGACCAACAAGAGAGUCCGACGACCAACAAGAGUGUCCGACGACCAACAAGAGUGUCCGACGACCAACAAGAGAGUCCGACGACCAACAAGAGUGUCCGACGACCAACAAGAGUGUCCGACGACCAACAAGAGAGUCCGACGACCAACAAGAGAGUCCGACGACCAACAAGAGUGUCCGACGACCAACAAGAGUGUCCGACGACCAACAAGAGCGUCCUGCGAAGGGCAAGAGCGUCCGAUGACCAUCAUGAUUGUCCGACGAAGGGCAACAUUGUCCAACGAUCAGAGUGCCAUACGACCAGUAAAUUUUCAGACGAUCAGCAAGAAUGUCCGAAGACCAGCAAGAGCGUCCCACAAUCAGCAAGAGUGUCCGACAAUCAGCAAGAGCGUCCGACGACCAGCAAGAGCGUCCGACGACCAGCAAGAGCGUCAAACGAUCAGCAAGAGCGUCAAACGAUCAGCAAGAGUGCCCAACGCCCAGCAAGUGCGUCCAACGAUCAGCAAGAGCGUCAAACGAUCAGCAAGAGUGCCCAACGCCCAGCAAGAGCGUCCAACGAUCAGCAAGAGCGCCCGACGAUCAGCAAGAGUGCCCAACGCCCAGCAAGAGCGUCCAACGAUCAGCAAGAGUGCCCAACGCCCAGCAAGAGCGCCACACGAUCAGCAAGAGUGUACAACGCCCAGCAAGAGUGUACAACGACCACCAAGAGUGUCCAACGACUAGCAAGAGGGUCUGACAACCAGCAAGAGCGCCCGACGAUGAGUAAGUUUGAUCUGUAUGUGGACUGUUAA